AGGUGGAAAUGCCCAGGGCUAGAGAGAGAGACCUUAUUGUGACUGCUGCUGCUAUCAUCACUGCCAUCCUUGUAUAGUUCGAGUUUCUCUUAAAGACCAAAGCUCAGUCCGUGCUUUGCCCACAUCUUAGCUUGCACUUCUAAUUUUCUCAGACCCUCUAAGUCUUUUAGGGGUACUUGGGGAGAAUUUAGUCUCGCCCACUGCCUGCUAGGAUGCGUUAUUCAGUGCCAACCACCCCUGCCCACCGCAGCCGCUAUAAUCAGCGGCGUCUACAUGCAGAGCGCUGUGUUCGAUUUCCCAACGACGUCCUGUUUUUGGAUCACAUCCGACAGGGUGACCUGCGGCAGGUAGGGCGCUUCAUCCGGACUCGAAAAGUGUCUCUGGAUACCAUCUAUCCCUCAGGUCUGGCUGCCCUGCAUGAAGCAGUACUUUCUGGAAACCUGGACUGUGUAAAGCUGCUAGUCAAGCAUGGGGCUGACAUCCAUCAACGGGAUGAAACAGGAUGGACUGCAUUACACAUGGCCUGCAGUGAUGGUUACCCAGACAUUGCCAGAUACCUCAUCUCCCUGGGGGCUAACAUAGACGUUGCCAAUGACGACGGUGAUUUGCCCUCCGACCUCAUCGACCCUGACUACACGGAUCUGGUGGAGUUAUUCAAAGGGGCCACGAUGGACUGACUUGACCAUCCAUCCUCUUGCUGCCCACAUCUCUAUGCACUGUCCUCCCCACCUCCUCUUCUCCCCGCGGAGAUCCCGAACUUGAAGCGAACUGGAGCUAGGAAGUGUGCUGGGAAAGCUGUUUAUUAAGCUGCCCCCUGCCCAGGACCCGCCCCGCCCAAGUCAGCCUGGCUCGAGGGCCCCGCAUUCCGCAAUUGUGGAACUAGACUUUUCGGCUGCGGAUACCUCCACCCUAUCUAUCCCUCAGCCCCGCGCUUGGGGAUCCUGCCUGACCCCGGGCAGGAAAGACCCCUGACGGAGAGCCAAGAUCACUGAGGUCUGGAGUCCCACAAGGCGGGAGUAGGGGGGGCUCGCGGGCUCCUGCUUGCCCCAGACCUGGGGGACAAAGCUGUGGGAAUCCUUCGGCCCUUCCGGCCCCGGGUCCCGCUUUUCUUUGCAGCCCCGCGGGGAACUUGGCUUUUCUACAGGAUAUUUUCAUGUUUUUUUUAAUUGUUGAAAAAUUUUUACUUUUUCAAUAAAUUUAAUUUCCACAGA